AUGUUUGAGAUCACCGAGAGCGCCCCGGCCUCGGAGCUGCCCGAGCCGCACAGCCCGCGCCGAAGCGUCGAAAAGGCGCCCUUUCGCGAGUCGUCCUUUACCGACCUCAGCGGCUGGACGACGGCGAUGCCGACCUCGCCGGCCGCCGCCGCCGGCCGACGUCGCCCGGUGUCGAGCGCGCAAGAGGACGACGUCGACCUGUCGCUGCUGUCGAACCUCGCCGUCCUCUUGCGUGCCGCGGUCCCGCGAGGGACGCAGAUCAAGGGCAGCAUCGACUACCCGCACAGCUUCACGGGCAAGGACGUGGUGACGACGCUGCAGGACCUCGUCCCGCCGCAGAUGGCCGCCACGGCCGCCGGAGAGCCGGACAAGCCGAGCGCGACGCAGCACCGCCGGAUCGCGCUGCUCCUCGCCAAGUCGCUCAAGAGCCAGCUCUUUUUCCACGAGGUCGACUGGGGCGAAAACGAGCUGCGCGACGGCGUCGAGGAGGUCUACACCUUUCUCGAAGACAGCCUGGCCGGCCCCGCGGGCGGCGGCGCGGGCGGCGGCGCGGGCUUUGACGGCGACGAGCCGUGGUCUGCCGGGCUCGGCCCGCACAAGAAGCUCGACCUCUCGCUGGGCUUCCCGGACCUCGACGGCGGCCGCGACGAAAAGGGCGGCGGCGACAUGGACAAGAAGAAGCGGCUCACCGCAACUUCGACGCGGCUCGGCCUCGAGGAGCUGCCGACGGGCGUCUUUGUCCCGCUGACGCGGUGCUACAGCGCGCUGUGCGGCAAGCCCGGCAUCAGCCCGGCGUACGCCUGCUUUAGCCCGUCGUGCCCGAACGCCAGCGUCAGCCGGCUCAACCGCGUGUCGUCGACCAGCUCGUCGGCCGACGACGGCGGCAACCGGGGCGCCGGUGCCCAGCAGGGCGUCGACCAGACGCAGAAAAAGGCCUGGGCAGAGCUGGUGCCGCCGGACCUGCUCAAGAGCAUCCCAGCGGCCGAGGUCGCCCGCCAGAACGCCAUCCUCGAGACGAUCCAAAAGGAGGAGGAGUUCCUAUGCGACCUCGAGAUCCUCGACAGUCUUUUCGUGAAGGGUUUGCAGAAGCCCAGCGCUGCGGGCGAUCCACCCCCGCUGCCCAUCGGGCCCGAGCGGGACGCCUUUAUCGCCGAGGUCUUUGGCAACCACCUCGAGCUGACGGCCCACAUCCGCCAGCUCGUCGAGCGCCUGCACGUGCGGCAGCGCGAGGAGAACCCCAUUGUGCAGACCAUCGGCGACAUUUUCCUCGGCGCCGCCCUCGAUUGGGGCGACGCCUACGUCCAGUACCUCGUCCACUAUCCCCUCGCCAUCAGCCGCGUCAAGCGCGAGAUGGCCAUCAACCCGAGGUUCAAGGCGUUUGUCGAGACCUGCCGACGCAACCCGAUCGCCCACAAGCACCCACUCGAGAACUUUCUCUUCCGGCCACCGGCCCGGCUGCAGCGGUACCACCUGCACCUCGAGUCGAUCCUCAAAAAGACCGAGGAGGGCAACGCGGACCGCGACAGCCUGCAGAACGCCAUCGAGAUCAUCAACGACCAGUGCAAGACGGCGCAGGCGGGCGUCGAGGCGACCGAGGUCAAGGUCAAGAUCCGCGAGUACGCCUACAACCUGGCCGCCAAGCGCAACAAGAGCGCCAUUGACAUGGACCUGCUCAACCCCGAGAGGCAGCUGAUCCACCAGGGCAAGGUGCUGCGCAAGCCGGACGCCUUUGACUUUGACUGGACAGAACUGCUCGCGGUGCUGUUUGACAACUACUUUGUCGUCACCAAGCAGAAGCGCAAGGACGAAACCGAGGACGCCGCCGCCGCCUCGCGGUUCGUGCUGGCAAAGAGGCCGAUCCCCGUCGAGAUGCUGGAGCUGUCCGGCUUUGCGGACGCGUCGAUCUCGCGCUCGAUCGGGCUGAGCAACUUCCACAUCAGCCGCGAGCGCGAGGCGGGCAACUUUUGGCCGUUUACCGUGUCGCACCUGGGCAGCAAGGUGGAGCCGCUAACGCUGUUUGCGCCGUCCAAGGAGGCGCGGCAGGAGUGGAAGGCGAAGCUCGACGAGGCCAUCGGGCUGCGCGCGGCCAUCCAGGAGGCCAACAAGGUGUUUGAACCGUUCACGCUGAGCGACGACGUCUUUGCGCUGCCGGCCAUGUCGAGCAUCGAGCCGGACCGCCCCGUGGCCGGCGCCGACCCGGGCGCGUUCCACGGGCGCGUGACGUGCGCCGUGCUCCACCUCAAGCUCGUUACCCAGUGCGCCGUGCUCGAGACGUUUGGCAUCUUUGUCGUGCUCGCCGACAAGGUCCUCAUCUCGUACAGCCUCGAGGCGCUCGUCCCCAGCGCCACGAGCAACACGGCCGGCCUCCGCCCGCCGCAGAAGCUCAGCGGCAACCGCGACGUCCUCUUUUUCAACAUCGGCGUGCUCAAGGACCGCACCCUCCUCGUCUACAUGAAGAAAAAGGCCAACGAGAGCGUCUUUCGCGCCCUCGAGCCCGUCCUCAACGCCCCGCGCGCAAACGAGGGCAAGGGCCCCGGCGGCUUCUUUGGCAAGUUUGGCAAGGACUCGAAGAGCUCGGACUGGUUCCGCAUCUACAAGACCUUCUUCAUCCCCUCGGAGGCGUACUCGAUGCAGUUCCUGCGCUCGAAGCUGUGCAUCGUGUGCGCGCGCGGCUUCGAAAUCAUGAACCUCGACAGCCUGCUGCCCGGCACCAUCCCCGACUUUGCCCACGCGCCGCGCGACGACCCGCGCGUGCUGAACCUCCAGAAGCGCGUCGAGACGGCGCGCCCGCUGGGCAUGUUCAAGACGCUCGACGGCCACUUUUUGCUGUGCUACGACGCGUUUGCCUGCUACGUCGACCGCCUCGGCGAGCCCGUCAAGCUCGACCAGAUCAUCGAGUGGGAGGGCUACCCCAAGGACGUCGCCUUUGCCGGCCGCUACGUCCUCGCAUUCGACAGCCGCUUCAUCGAGGUCCGCGACACCCAGUCCGGACAGCUCGUCCAGGUCAUCCGCGGAAACGACAUCCGCCACGUAUCGGGCUGCGGCACCGUCGCCGCCGCCGCCCCACGCGACCCCACCCCGCUCGCCACCGCCCUCGACGCAGACGCCAACCCCGUCAUCUUUGUCAAGCGCCAGCGCGCCCACGGCCGCGUCGCUUUCGACUUCCAGGCCGUCUACGAACUCGCACCCACCGGCCCACCCAUCGCACUCACAAACAACCCCGCCUUUGCACGCUCAAACACCGUCCUCUCCGCAAGCUCCAGAACCAGCAGCAACAACCCCACCUCCUCCGCAGGCUGGAUAUGA